UAUAAUAAUAUGCUCCUUCAUUAUUAAAAAAAUGUUAAACCAUAUGAUCUGACGUUUAAAAGCAGGUUUUUUUUUUCUAUUUCCAGAUAUAAAACUUUACUCAUCCACUCUCCGUUUAGUCAUUUACCAAAAUAUUUCCCUUCUCGGCUCAAAAUCCUUUUCAUUUAAUCGAAAAAUCUUCGAUCUGGGUGGGAUCGUCUCUCUUUUGUUCUGUUUACUUGGUAAUAAUAAAGAGGAAUUUUUUUAGUUUUUUUUCAAUGGCUGGGAGCGAAGAAGUUAAUCUUAUUGAGAGUAAGACAGUGGUUCCUCUCAAUACAUGGGUUCUGAUAUCCAACUUUAAGCUAGCCUACAAUCUCCUGCGCCGUCCUGAUGGAACCUUUAACCGUCACCUCGCAGAGUUUCUAGACAGGAAAGUCCCUGCAAACGCCAAUCCUGUUAAUGGGGUCUUCUCCUUCGAUGUUAUCAUCGAUCGCCAGACCAAUCUCCUUAGCCGAGUAUACAGACCGGCUGAUGCUGCUGCAGGCCCACCGAGUAUUACCGAUCUUCAGAAUCCCGUUGAUGGUGAGAUAGUACCUGUUAUUGUCUUCUUCCAUGGUGGGAGCUUUGCGCAUUCUUCUGCAAACAGUGCUAUUUAUGAUACUCUCUGCCGUAGGCUUGUUGGUUUGUGCGGUGCUAUUGUUGUCUCUGUGAACUAUCGCCGUGCACCAGAGAAUCGUUACCCUUGUGCUUAUGAUGAUGGCUGGGCUGUUUUGAAUUGGGUCAACUCCAGUUCUUGGCUUAAAAGCAAGAAAGACUCAAAGGUUCAUAUUUUCUUGGCCGGUGAUAGCUCUGGGGGUAACAUCGUGCAUAAUGUCGCACUAAGAGCGGUGGAGUCAGGGAUCGAUGUUUUGGGGAACAUUUUGCUUAACCCUAUGUUUGGUGGGAACGAAAGGACCGAGUCUGAGACACGUUUGGAUGGGAAAUACUUUGUGACGGUCAGAGACAGAGAUUGGUAUUGGAGAGCGUUUCUUCCCGAGGGUGAAGACAGAGAGCAUCCAGCUUGUAGCCCGUUUGGCCCGAGAAGCAAGAGCUUAGAAGGGUUGAGUUUCCCCAAGAGUCUGGUCGUUGUAGCGGGUUUAGAUUUGAUUCAAGAUUGGCAGUUGAAGUACGCUCAAGGGCUCAAGCAAGCGGGUCAAGAGGUGAAGCUUCUUUACUUGGAACAAGCCACUAUUGGCUUCUACUUAUUGCCUAACAACAAUCAUUUCCAUACCGUUAUGGACGAGAUAGCUGCGUUUGUAAACGCAGAAUGCCAAUGAAAUAUCUCUUUUAUCUCUCAUUAACAAACGGGGUGAAAUCCACCGCUGGAGGUGUGUGUAUCCCCGAGAUUCUCGUUUUAGUUGCUCUUUGUAGUGAGUCAAAAGAAUGGCGUUUAACUACUUACCACGGUGGAAGUGGCUGCGUCUGCGUUUGUCAACCGUGUGAAGCUGGAUUCUGAAAGCAAAGCAGGAAGAAGAACAGUGAAGCCGGUAAUGUUUGGCUUUUUAGUGUUAGCGUUUUGACUUUUUAACUAUAAGAGCUGAGUUUUUAUCAGCUUGCUGUUGAAUAGUAACUUUGGGCUAUGUUGCUAUUAUGAUAUUUUCCGUAAAUAUCUAUAUAGUAUAUAUACAUACAUCAGCAAUAUGUUUAAUUAUAAGUUUUCUUUUCUUGAUUUUGGUUUUAGUAUAAUUAUAAGUUUCUUGCAAUGUAAAACUAAUGUCUCUCAUAUUCACUCACUGAUAGGCUUUAUUUCAAUGUAAUCAUUGGCAAAAGAUUUGAUGUAUAAGUCUUUGUAAUCCCUACUUUAAAUGUAAAAAACCAAAAUGUCUCA